CCAGCGCAUCGGCGGCUGAGCAGAGCGAGGAACAGCAGCAGCUCCGACCGGUUAUGACAGGUGUGAAGGAUGACCUCGUGCUCAGAGAUCUGCGGCUCAGAUUACGCUGAGCAGACUCAUGGUGCCGUCAGCAGUGGUUAUCAGGGCUACGGCGUGCGCUCGUACCUGCACCAGUUCUACGAGGAGUGCACGGCCUCCAUCUGGGAGCGCGAUGAGGAUUUUCAGACACAGAGAUCGGCCAGCCGCUGGAGCUCCGUGCUCUGGAAGGUCUGUCUUGCGCUGGGAGCUCUGAUUCUGGUGGCGGGUCUGUCUGUGUUGCUGGUGGGCUAUGCUACACCACCGCGUCUGGAGGCGUUUGGCGAGGACGAGCUGCUGUUUGUGGAUGGGCGAGCGGUGCGCUUCAACCGGGCUCUGGACGCCUGCAAGCUGGCCGGGGCGGUGCUGUUCUGUGUGGGCGGCAGUGGGAUGGCGGUGGGUCUCCUGCUUGCCGCCUGCUCUCAGAACAGCUCCAAAGAAGAGCUCCGGCUGCAGCAGCGCUUCAAAGAGCGACUGGCUGAGAUCCAGGCCUCGGUGCAGCCCGUCACCCGCGCACCCACACCCGGAGACGCUAAGGUGCCCGUCACACUCUCCAAAGUGCAGAACGUCCAGCCGGGUGCGGAAACCUGAAAAUAUAAAACGCUGGAGCAAUGCUACACGCCGGGUUAAAGCACUACAGCAGUUCCAGGAACAGUAGAGAUAGAUACCACUGCACUUCCUCUGGCGCAUAUCAUUCGUCUGUACCCAGAGUAUUUAUGGCGAUCAAUGUAACCGUACGCUGUAGAUAGGCAUGGGCCGGUAGAGGAUUCUGAUAACCUGGGUCAUGGUUUCACGGUAUUCUGAUGACGGCUCUAAAAUAAGUUCUCUAACUCUGUUUCCCCCUAUUGAACACCAGAUAUUUUAUUCUAAGAGAGAUUUUGGAACAGUAAACAUGUCAAUAAUAAUAAUAAUAAUAACUCAAAUUAAUCAUUGGCUUCUGCUAUCUUGGUUUAAAAGGAGAUCUGCCUUCUCUGUGGAUCUAAAGCAAGCCACAGCACUGUUCAGGUCUUCUAUAGCUCGGUUGGAUGUAGGAGAUUUGAUUUUCAGGUGUUUCCUGAAUCGUGGGCUGAUCGAUAGCUAAUGUGGAGAUACUAAAUAUCUAUAAAAUGGUCAUAAAUACUCACAUAUACCUUGAAAGGGGAUACCAGAACAUUUCAGCAGUUUUAAAAGCAGUGACUUUACCAAACCUUGGCAAACCUUGAACCCGGGUAUCGUCCCAUGCCUACCUGUAGCUCGUCAGCGGUGCUCCUGAACACGGACACACAGCACAAACACACAACGGCUAGAAAUCACAACACUUAGGCAGCUGUUCCCAAAGAGCUUCACACUCUUCUGGCAUGUGCAUAUUAAUCCUGAAUAAGCAGGAGUAGUUUCUCCAUUACACCCGAAUGAUGCUUCGCAGCCUGUAAUCACAUGGAGAUAUACGAGACUGAGCCAAUCACUCAUAAGCAAGCAGUGUUAAUCCAUCACCGCUGCCUUACUAACACGUCUACAGAAAACAUCAAGAUUUGUCAUUGCUUAUUCAGAACGCUUCAUCGCCGGGGCAAUUUUUCAGCAGAUCUCUCCGACGAACGCUUCCCGCUCUAUUGCUACAGUCAAUCAAUAGUGAGCUGACAGAACGGCGCACAUCGCGGACACAACGGCACAGCAUCUCGAUAACACACAGCCAAUACAUCAGGAAUAGAUUAGCGUCUAGAUGCGCCUGUGGGAUUAUGUAAUAUCCUCUGGUUGUGGAGCACAUCACUCUUCCUGAGCCGUGGAGAGGACGCGCUCGCCGUCUGAUGGUAAUUACACUCAUCCAAACCCAUCAGGACUUCUGCUAAUGUUCUGCAGAUAAUCACAGGGUUUCUUUCUGCGUUUAGUGUUGCUGUUCGGCUUCACGCUCGCACCGCUGCUCUGCUUUUACCUCUCGUUUCUUCUUCAAGCUUUCGGGCCACUCAUUCCUUAAAGAUGGUGAUUUAAUUACUGUCAUAUUUACUUUGAUUAGAGCAAAUGUAGCAUGAUCACAGUUUAAUUAAACAUCGUGACGUGCUUUUAGGAGGGUUAAUCAGAGUGGAGAGCGUAGCUGCUUCUGUGAGUGUAAAUCUUUUGUGUUGCUCAUUAUUAUAUGGAUUAUCAUUGAGCAUAUAUCGCAUACGCUGCUAAAAAUGCUUGAGGUUUUGUCUUGUUUCUACUCUAAAUAUCUAGAAACUCUUAAAUCAAGAAGUACUCUAUAGACGAGCAAUAAAUGUAGUGUUGUUUUCAGAAAUGAAGAGAGUUUUACCUUAAAACAAGCAGAAUAAUCUGACAAUGGGGGAAGCAGAGUAAUCUAGUUUUCCUUUUGAUAUGAGACACAUGUUGCAUGCUUUAAGGUAAAUCUGGCUUAUGUCUUAGAACAGGACAGUAUUUAUUGCUUGUCUAGAAAAUGCUUCUUGAUUUAAGGAUUUGUUUAGAUAUUUGGACCAGAAAGAAGAUUAAAGCAUGUAUUUCAGUGUGAGCAUUCAGAUGUUUGCUGGUGAACUUCACACAGCAAUCACAGGAUAUUUAAUAAUCUAAUCAGUCAGACGGGUCUAAAUGAAGUGUUACUGUAACACGUGUGUAUCAGCUGCUUCAGGAACUGGAUGUUGGUGUUGUAUAGAUGAUCUAGUGUAUAUGGAUGUGUUGUUGCAGUGCUGGUGAGUGUCUGAUCUGUGCUUUGGUCUGUCUGCUGUUGGGAAGGAGACUGAAGGCACUGAGCUGUUCUCAUGUUUUUCAGCAAACUGAAUAAAACAGCUGUCUGUGAGCGUCAGCGGAUCAUUCUU